AUGUCUUUCCUCACCUCCGUACGUGCAUCGAUCAGCCCUCGCGUGGCCAUCAGACCAGGCUACAGGGCCGUCUCGGCCUUCCACAACUCCCCCGCUCGCCUGGGCUUGAAGGAGUCAGAUCGGAACCGCGAUGAUCUGGACUCCUACUACGAGGCUGAGAAGCAAGAUCAGUUGAAGAGUACCAAGGAGGGCAAGGCCAAGUGGAAGGGCGAGCUUGCUAGCAACAGUGAGGCAUCGGUCAAGGCGGACCGUGGCGAGCUUGACAGCGACGAUAAGGACUUCGAAUCACUCCAAAGUCGCACUAAGGAUCUGCCGAACAGAAGUGGCCCUGUGAACAAGUCUCAAUAG